AUGCUCUUUUCUGCACAUUCUCACUCAUCAUCGUUCACCAAGGUAACACUCGCUCACCUCCUCAAAUUCAUACCAUCCUUCAAUUCCCUUGCAUUUUCAUCAACGCGGUUCCGCUCUACAUCACCACCAUCAUCACGAACACAGUUAAUUAGCCACAUAAUAACAUCAUUUCGACAAAAAGACCACGAUCAGCACCUGUUAAACCAUUCUUCUAUCUCUAAUUUGAGACCCCAUGAAGUAGAGCCCAUUCUUUUUGGUCUACGCGCAACACCCGAUUUAGCAAUCAGUUUCUUCGAGUGGUCUGAGCGUCAUCUAGGGUUCACUCAUCAUAACCUUGAAUCUUUCUGUAGCCUAAUCCAUUUGUUGCUACAAAAACGAAUGUUUGAUGACGCACGCGGGGUGUUUGAUAAAAUGACUGAAAGGUUUAGGGAUUUUGAUUGUUUUCACGCUUUCCACAUGGGUCUGACGAGUUAUCAAUCAAACGCUAGUACUGUCUAUAGCUUCUUGGUCGAUAACUAUUGUCGAAUUGGGAACAUUGAUAGGGCAGUUGAGUUGUUUUUUCAGAUGUCAAAAAUGGUUAUAUCUAUCUCACCAUAUGCUUUGAUGAGAAUGAUGAAUUCUUUAGUUGAUAUGAACAGGAUUGACAUUAUACUGAAUGUAUACCAGGAAAUAGCUAAUGAAACUAGAGAAAACAAUGAUUUGUGUCCAAAUCUAUAUGGUUAUGUUAUGGGUGGUUUCUUCAAGAAAGGUGAUGCUAAUUUUGGAUUUGAAUUCCAUAAAGCUAUCAUUGAAAGAGGGCUUGUGCCCAAUGUAGUCACUUGUAAUAAGAUCAUGAAAGGUCUUUGCAACGACAAAUGUUUAGGCGUCGCUAACGACUUCUUGUCAUUGAUGACAGAAAUAGGUCCAAUCCCAACAGUAGUGACAUUUAGCACAUUAAUGAAAGCAUAUUGCAAAGAAACAAAAUUAAAAGAGGCAUUUCAACUCUAUGAUAUGAUGCUAGUAAUAGGAAUCACUCCUGAUCUAGUUGUAUACAGUAUCUUGGUUGAUGGUCUUUUUAGGGCAGGAAAAUUGGAUGAAGGGUAUCAAGUAAUCUUGGUGGCAUUAGAUAAAGGCAUCAUCUUGGAUGUGGUGGUUCUUAGCUCCAUAAUAGAUGCAUAUGUAAAAAAGGGAAAUUUACAAAAGGGUUUUGAUGUUUAUAAAAAGAUGCUCGAUGGAGGGAUUAAACCGAGUGUAGUUACAUAUGGGAUUCUUAUAAACGGAUUGUGUCAAAUUGGGAAUCUUGAUGAGGGUGUUGCCAUUUUUGGUCAAAUUUUGAAACAAGGUCUUCACCCAUCCGUUCUAGUUUACACUAGUCUUAUUGAUGGCAUGUGUAAAUCUGGGAAUUUGAGAUAUGGCUUCUGGUUAUAUGAUGAAAUGGUAACAUGUGGUUAUACACCAGAUGAAACGGUAUAUAGUGUGCUUAUAAAUGGUCUCACAAAACAAGGUCGGAUGCAUGAUGCUAUUCGAUUCUUCUACAAAAGUGAUUUAAAACAUGGUAUAGUUGCGUAUAACACUUUAAUUGAUGGUUUUUGUAAAUUGAAUCUAAUGAAGGAAGCUGUGAAGUUGUACAUGAAGAUGGGUACGUAUAAUUUAAAACCUGAUAUAGUCACUUACACGAUUCUCAUCAAAGCAACAAUCGAAACCGGAAGGCUACCCGAAGCUUUGAUUUUGUUCUAUCAAGCCCUGAAAACGGGUCUUCUUCCAGAUCGUGUUACAUAUAGCGUACUUAUAGACGGAUUUUGUAAAGAAAAUAAUGUUUUUAUCGGGUUAUGGAUUCUUGAAAUGAUGCUGAAAAACGGAGUAAAACCUGAUAUCGAUGUUUACAACAUUCUGAUUAACGGUUUUUUCAAAACCGGGCAGUUACAAAAGGCACUGGAGAUUUUCGGGCAGGUUCGGGCAUACGGACCGGAACCGGAUAUUGUGACUUACAACACGAUAAUGAGCGGAUAUUGUUCGUUAAAAAUGUUGAAUGAAGCUGUUGAAGUUUUUUACAAAGAGAUGAAAAAGAAAGCGAAUGUUGUUACUUACACAAUCUUGAUUGAUGGAUAUUGUAAAGAAGGUAAAGUUGAAGAUGCAAUGUCGAUGUUUUUAGUCAUGUUGGAACAAGGUUUGGAACCUAAUGUGGUGACAUACAGCAGUUUGAUUGAUGGGUAUUUCAAGAUGUUGGAAAUGGAAACUGCUCUUGAGUUGCAUGAAUUGAUGGUUAGGAAUGAGGUUUGUCCGAAUAUUGUAAGUUACAGUGUAUUGAUUGAUGGGCUUUGCAAACGGGGGUCGAUGGAGGAAGCAUUAAUGGUGUUUCAUGGUGCUUUGAGGAGGAGGUUGUUGCCAGAUGUUAUAGUAGUAUGGUGUGACAUAGGUCUUAUUUAUUCAUCCUAUCUAUGGUCUAAGAUAACUGAGUCAACUCGGCUAUGA